GCUAGAGCGGCCUCGGCGGGCGCGAGGCGGAAGGGGCGGGGCGCGGGCCGGAAGCGGCGUGGCGGCCAUGAAGCCGGCGGUGGACGAGAUGUUCCCCGAGGGCGCGGGGCCCUACGUGGACCUGGACGAGGCAGGGGGCAGCAGCGGGCUCCUGAUGGACCUGGCGGCCAACGAGAAGGCCGUGCACGCCGACUUCUUCAACGACUUCGAAGACCUCUUUGACGACGAUGACGUCCAGUGACCUGCCUGGGGCGGCCUCCUGA